AUGCGCUCGGGGAACAACUACCCAAGUCUCGUGGCGCGAGGGCUAAACGCUAAACUGACCGAUUUGACUGUAUCUGGCGCAACCUUGCUGAAUAUCAUAACGGAGCCACAAACCGCGCCAUCAGGAAAUUGCACCUUUCCGCCCCAGAUCCUGUCUCUUCCUGAAGACGUGAAUUAUGUGUUCGUCACUGGCGGGGGAAAUGAUAUGAGAUAUAUUGGCAACAUGAUCGAUGAUGCGUGGAAUGCAUCGGACAUCCCCCGGUUUGACCUGGGCCCUCCACCGGUGCUCGGCUCUAUCCCGCCAGAACAGCUGGCCCAGCGAAUGGGUGAAGCAUUGGAUGCGAUACACCAAAAGGCGCCCAAUGCGCGCGUGUUUUUCGUCGAGUACCUCGCCCUACUUGGCCCCGCUACGAAGCCGGGGGUGCACAUUUCAUUUAAUCAAGAGCGAAUAGACCACCAUAGCCGCGUGGCUUUGGAAUUACGGAAUGCCUAUGCGCUAGCCGCUGAGCCACGGUCUGCAUGGUGCGAAAGAGUUCCUAUUCACGAUCUGAGUGCGGAUCACGUUCUUGGGACAGAUGACCCGUGGGUGGAGGGAUUCAGUAUGGAGGCUCUGCGACGGGGGAAUCCCUGCCAUCCAAACCUAGCGGGUAUGAAAGGAGUCGCUGGUAUUCUUCUCUCACGAGUGAAGGAAGCGGUCGCGACGAGACCGUGA